AUGGCAAAGCAAAAACAUAAGAAUUCAAAGGCACUGGGAGAAGAGGAGGUGGAAGAAGAUGGUAAAGAAGAGAUGCCAGACUUGAACACAAUCUGCUCUGAAAGCACUUUUGAAACUGAAAACCUAGAGGUGCUUGAGGGUGGUGGGCAUCUGACCCCAGAGGGUGAAAGCAGCAGGCUCCUUACGUCUGAAAAAAGUUGGGUGGAACUGGAUGGCUCCCACACUGUGACCUGCACGUUCACAGUCUCACUAGCUGUCCCUGUCCUGCCUACAGGACAAAAGCAGAAGAAAUCCAAUCCCCCUGGUAGACGAGGAACGAGAAUUCAAGUUGAUGAAUCGGGAGCGAUUCCGAGAAUGCAACGUUGCUAUCACGUUGAGUACUUCCUGCUACCAGCUGACCUCGUACCUAGAAAACUGGAUUUGGUGGUAUUUGGAGUGGUUGCAAAGCUAUUUACAGAAUCUGAUUCCAAGGCUAUUACACCAUGGUUUGAAAACGACAAGAUGUGGCUAUCGUGGAACCAUAGUGUUGAUAUCAGUGUCACUACGGAAUAUCUAAUAAAACUGAGAGAUCACAAAAUAAUUUUAAAAAUCUGGGAUACCAAGGAUAAAGUUUCCUCAAAAGCGAAGCUUAGUAUACCAAACAUUAUUUCUUCACCAGAAGAGGAUGCAGAGGCUGUUGGAGAAAAAUUGGUGGUCAGUCGUCUGGCAGAAGACAAUCCUAAAGUUUUAGAUGCUUAUGUGACUUUCACUGUGGAAACACCUCUUCUGUCUGAAAGACAAAGACAUGAAUUGAACCCACUGACUAUAAAGAUUAAUUCAGCUACCUGCCUCCCAAAUACACCUGUACCAAUAGAAGUGCUGCAGAGAUUGUGUGUUCCCACCUACUGCAAAUACAAAUUUCACAACUUCCCACCUCAUCGAACGCAUGGACAAAUCCAUGGAACUCAUGUCUACUUUAAGGAUGUUAACGUACUUCUAACAGGGACAAUGAAACCUGGGGAAUUACAGAGGUAUCUUAGAGGUCCACCUUUGGAGAUUGAAGUUCACGACCGGGAUAGAAACAUGGAAAACAACACAAAAAAGCCAUGUCUGUUUGGGGAGGAUGAAGCUGAUGAAAAAUUGGGUAAGGUGAGCUUCCUUGCUUGCGAAUCUGUCAUCUAUAAUUCUUUUAUGAAGAAUGAAGUGUGGCAUCCGCAUGGGGUAGCUAAAGUCAGUCUAACUGAUUUAUUGUUGGGUAGAAAGUACUUGAGUAUCAGUGCUCCCAUCCGUAACUGUUCAGCUCCAAAUAGAGCUGCUCUCCAUGAGGAGGAGAAAAAUGAGAAAAUAACAGAGUCAGUGGGUAGUCCUUCCCUGCUACCCGGGGGACAUUAUCUAGAAUCAGACUCGCUUUUGAAAGUAAGAGUGGAAAUAGCUGUGCCAUUGGGAAUGCAUGCAGAAAUUGCUGAUGCUCAAGUCAAAGAUUGCCCGUAUGGUUGUAUAAUCUACAUUUUUGACUACAAGAAUUCAUCAUUACUACAUGAUUUGGUGGAAGAGAUUACAGAAAUCAAUGCUAAAGCCCUCCAGCUGGACUGCUAUCCUGCACACUUAAUUGGAAUGGCUCUUGCUGCAUUAAAACUGAAAACUACACUUGAGAAAGUUUCCGAGUUGGAUAUUGUUACUGGUUUUCACUUACUGGAUGGAGCAACUCAUCUCUUUGUCUUGGAGGGAUUAAAAGACAAAGCAAUCAAGAAACUCUGGGAUAAACACUUUGAAAGGACGUACAGACGUGAAGAUGGACAACUGGAAAUACUAUAUAACUCACAACUGUCUUUCCGUCGACGCCUGUAUACAGACCUGGAAGCUAUCUUUUAUCAUUUCCGCCUCUGUAAGCCCCUCUUCACUAUAACAAAAGAACCUCUGCUUUAUGUCAGAGGUAUGAUUCCUUGGGCAUGUUUCCAAGCCUUGUCCAGGUGGCGAGGAAAAGAAUACGAUGUGAAAGUGUUUGGUGGCCAUCGCUGUGAUGUCAUUAAAAGUGGCCUAGACAAUGUCCUCCUAGACAGCAGCUCUUUUCAGCAACCCACCGUCCCAGCUGGGCUCAGUUACCUCUGUCACAGUAAGAGGUUGAGGGAUGUAGUUCGUGGGGAUCUGCUGCCCUCAGCAGUGAUGAUCACAGUCUUGAGUCACGAGUAUGGAGUUCCCCUAACUGAUGAGGAUCUCUUCACUCAGAAACCUCCUUUACUCUUGGUUUCCUCUGAUGAUUAUACAGUACCAGGAAAAGUUAGCAGAGUGAAACAGACAGCACGCUCUUCGUUAGAUAACCACAAUGAAAGGUGUGUGCAGCGCAAGAAAGACAUAGCAGACAAAAUGUCUUUUGAGAGAAACCAUGUUGAGGCUAACAUUCGUGCUGUAUGCCAACUCAAAGGAAAGACAAAAGAGCCAAAGUUUGAAAUUUUCAGGAUUUCUCCUGUUGAUGGCAAAUCUGUCUUUAACUACAGCUGUCAGAGCCUGAAUUCUGCGGAACUUGCAAAGAAGCAUCUUCGCCAGGAAAUGGCAAAGGAACCAAAGAACAUAUUCGCUUAUUGUCAUGAGUAUCUGUCAGCCACAUUUGACCCACUGGAUGUGGUUGCUGCCUGUAAGGAAUCCUGUGCAAAAUCCAAGAGUAUGUGGCUGUCACCUGAUGGAUUUGUCUUUCCUGGAUUUAAGAGCAGCAUUGAAAGCAACCUGCACCCUCAUAUGCCUGACAAGGCACGUCUGGAGGAGUUAAGUGAGAAAUGGCAGGAGAAUGCUCUGCAUGCUAACCUGGAGCCAGUGCUGUCACGAGACAGAUGGAGCUGGGACAAACGACACAUUGAUUUUGAUCUUUACAAGAAGCCACCUGAGCUCUUCAUGACAGCAGCCCCAUGGAGUGACGCUAAGCAGAUUCUGCAAACUACGCUUGAUGAUACCAAGCCGAAAGCUCAUCGGCGCUCCACAGCAGCUGAGUUACCCACACGUGGGCCAAGAGCCAGGUUUCAGCUGCAGAAGCUCCAAGGACUUCCUAAGGAUGAGCCUCUGAAAUUCUCACUCGGGAAGGCAGGCCCAGUUCUGAAGCCUCCCCCAGCCCUGCCAGUGUUGGACAACCAACCCUGUGACAGCGGUUCGAAUGUCAUCCCAGGAAAGAGGAGCAUCACCAGUGGCUUUGUACCAGCGCCUGCUGACCGGCACAGCUUGAAGUGGCGCAAGAACGUCAUCCCCUGGCACAACAGAGAGCGUGAGACAUUUGAAAAACUCCAAGGUGCAGAUUUCAAACGGAACAAUCUGCCAGAGAAGGACGCACCACCAUCCUCACACAUCAGGCAGACCCUCUCCAGAACGAUACGCGAGAAUGAAGUUGUUCUGGAUACAGGUAACUUGCUAAACAGAAAACACUCGACGAACAGCAGGUAA